AUGAUCAGCCCCGGAAGGCAGCAGCGGGAGCUGGAACAAGCGAGCGAGUUGUGGGAUAUGCUGGGGAUGAAUGUGGAUAUGGGAAGUGGGGGGGGGAUUGGCGGAGCGGGGGGCAUGGGGAGGCUGGGGGGCGGAGGGGGACCGGACAGCGCUGGCGCUAGCCCUGGGGGUCUGGGGGAACAAAUGGGGGAAGACGGCGGCGGGUGGAAGAGCGCGGGCGCGGGCGGGGGCAGGGGCGCGGGGGGAGUCGGGGGGUUCGGUGCUGGGGGAACAGAGGGGUGGGGAGCAGGAGGGGGAGGGCAAGCAGCGGGUUUGGCGCCGAAUGUCCCGCCGUCCGCUGCCGCUGCUGCAGCGGGCGGCAUGGGAGGUCAGGGGAUGGAGUUAGCGGGCGGCGCGGCGGGAUCAGGGCUGGGGGGGCUUUCCGCGCUGUCCGGAAUGUCCGCGUUACAGCAGGGCGGGUUAGACGUUAAGAUGAUAAUGGAGCUACUCCAGAGGGAUCGCGGAGGGGGGGAUAUGGGCGGAGGGGGGGGCGGGGGAGGCGGGGGAGGCGGGGGGGAGGCGGAAGGUCUGGGACAGAUGGGCGGCGGCUUGGGAUCAAUAGAUCCAAUAGCGCAAUUGGCGGCGCUUUCGGGGGAAACGGGGGAGGGAGGCGGGGGGGGGAUGGCCGCUAUCGCCCUGGCGCUAGAGAGAGUGAUGGAAGGGGAAGGAAACGGCGCAGGCGGGAUAGGAGGAGGGGGGAUGGGCCUUAAACAUGGCCCAGGGUCAGCAUCAGCAUCUGGGGCACCAGGACUGUUCACCUCUGGCUCAUCUAGACGACUCACAGGUGCCAGUAACCUAGGGGGACACAUGAGAGGCCCCCCCCGGCACUUACCCGGGGGCGGGGCGGCCGCUGCAGCAGCCGCAGCCGCCGCCGCAGCAGCAGGAGGGGGAGGGGGGGGAGCAGGAGGGGCGCACCACCGGCGCGCGCUUUCUCUGGGCUCCGCGGCGCUGCAGUUUGAUGGUAUUAGCAGUGGCAACAGCAGCCGCAGCAACAGCCCGCUCUCUGGGCUUCGCAUGGCCUCCCAACACGGGCAGCACGCGCAGCACGGGCAGCAUUACACGUCCGCCUCCCCCGGCUCGUAUCUCAUUCCCCGCGCCGGUGCUAGCGUAUCAGGUGGCAGUGCCAGCAUGGGGGGAGGUGGCGGAAUGGCGGGCGGCGGAAUGCCUGGCGGCGGAGGCGCAGGUGAUUUCUCAGAGGCCGCCGCGAUGCUUCUGGCGGGGGUGGGGGGAACGGGCGCAGGGCAGGGGGGAGGGGGAGACCCGGGGUCGUUCCAGUCACUUCGGUCCCGUCGAGGCCUGCCGGAUUUGCCGGGAUAUCCCCCUAAUAGUGGCUCCCUGGGUUCUGGGCAGGAUAACCGUAGCCCUAAGGGGAAACGUGAACCGGAAAGCAGUCUUGCCGGGUCACUGGCAGGCGGGUCGGGUAAAUGGAUGAAUGUCCCUUCGAAUAAGAGUCCACGGGCAGAGGGGCAGCUGAGCCCGGGCAGGAAUCUGAAACUUGUGAACACCGGGCAGGUUCCUGGGCUGACCGGUGAAAUGGCUCGACUAGCCAUGGGAAAUUUCCGUCCGUUUGUGAGCGGGGGGUCCCCUAAUGCUGCUGCUGCUGCUAUUGUGGCGGCUGCUGCUGCUGCGGCAGGGUCUGGGGGCAAUGCAGGGGGUUUUCCUGGUGGGGGGGAUGGGACGAAUGGGAUGGGGGGAGGCGGAAGCGGGCUGUCUUCCCCCGUGCGCCUCUCCUCCCCGGAUACUGAACGUAUGAGCGCUGCUGUGGCGGCUUCCGCCAGUGGCAUGGGGAUGGGCGCAAACAGGAUUGUCUCCGGGGGCAUUGGGGGGAAGGGAGGCGCUGGUGGGGGAGGAGCGGGGGUGAUGGCUCGCGGGGGGCGGGGGGAUGCGCGGGGGAAGCUGGGGAGGCGGGGGUCGGGGUUGAGCGGGGGGAGCGGGGCAGGGGGAGGGGGAGGGGGAGGCGGAGGCGGAGGCGCUGGGGCGAGCUGGGCUUACGCAGGGGAGGAGGUGGGGGAAGGUGGGGAGGGAGGAGGAGGGGGAGGCGGUGGCGGGGGAAUGAUGGGGCUGCAAGACGAAGACUACUCAGAUAACGAAGACGUGGGGAACGCUUAUGGGGACGUGGAAACCGGCAUGCUCACACUGCCAGAGCUUCUCGGAGUAGACGGAGCAGACGCGAUGCUAGAAGAGGCCCGUAUGCUGAACCCGCACCGGCAGCGCCACUCCACGAAACCCCGGAGCGUGGCCGAGAGGAAGCGGCGGGAGAAAAUCUCCGUGCGGCUGCAGCAGCUGAAGGAUGCGAUGCCGAAGGCGGAGGGGAGGUUGGAUACUGCGUCUAUGAUUGAAGAUGCGGUGGCGUAUAUUCACUCGUUGAGGCAAAGGUGCCGGGCGCUGGAGAAGCAUAACGUGCAGCUGGUGGCGAAGGUGGAGCAGCUGCAGGAGAGGCUCGGGGAGCGAGGGGGAGUGGGGGGAGCGGGAGGGGGAGGCGGGGGAGGGGCUGGGGGUAGUAGUGGUGGUGGUGGUGGUGGUGGUGCUGGGAGUGGUGGGAGUGGAGGUGGAGGAGGAGGAGGGGCGGGUGGGAGUGAUGAGAGAGGCUCGGGGAGCGAGGGGGAGUGGGGGGAGCGGGAGGGGGAGGGGGGGGGAGGGGCUGGGGGUAGUAGUGGUGGUGGUGGUGGUGGUGGUGCUGGGAGUGGUGGGAGUGGAGGUGGAGGAGGAGGAGGGGCGGAGAAGCAUAACGUGCAGCUGGUGGCGAAGGUGGAGCAGCUGCAGGAGAGGCUCGGGGAGCGAGGGGGAGUGGGGGGAGCGGGAGGGGGAGGGGGGGGAGGGGCUGGGGGUAGUAGUGGUGGUGGUGGUGGUGGUGGUGCUGGGAGUGGUGGGAGUGGAGGUGGAGGAGGAGGAGGGGCGGGUGGGAGUGAUGAGAGAGGCUCGGGGAGCGAGGGGGAGUGGGGGGAGCGGGAGGGGGAGGGGGGGGAGGGGCUGGGGGUAGUAGUGGUGGUGGUGGUGGUGGUGGUGCUGGGAGUGGUGGGAGUGGAGGUGGAGGAGGAGGAGGGGCGGGUGGGAGUGAUGAGUGAAGGGGGCGGGGGGGUGGCGUAUAUUCACUCGCUGAGGCAGCGGUGCAGGGCGCUAGAGAAGCAUAACGUGCAGCUGGUGGCGAAGGUGGAGCAGCUGCAGGAGCGGCUUGGGGAGCGAGGGGCGGCGGGAGGAGAGGGGGCAGGAGGGGGAGCGGGAGGGGGAGCGGGUGGGGGAGGGGGAGGAGCAGGAUGA